AAGGUUUCGAUUUCUUUCUUCCAACUUACUCCUCCAUUACUCUGGAAGAGAAUUACCAUCAUGUCGGCUGAAAGCGAUUGGUCUUGCGACGCGAACGACGCCGUCCAAAUCACCAUCGUGCAGCCAGAUCAACAUAAGCCCAAAACCGUUUCAAGCUUUCACCCUCAAUUUACAUAUCCGAUUUUUGGAGACGAAGAGCGUAUAUUCGGGUACAAGGGAUUGAUCAUCCGCUUGCGGUUUGCAGCCCAUGACCUCCGCCCACAAAUCCAUAUCUCUUAUGAUGAGAAAUUCCAAGCAGUGGAUGAUGCGGAACCCGUCGACCUGCUUAAAGCAUUGAAGCAGUUCCUUCCUGAAGAGGCCUUUUCCACGCUCCCCGAGUUUGAGAACUCUCUUCAAGAGGAAGACAGCAAGGAUUUUGUUCCCCCAGGAAAGCUCGUUCAUAGUUACGCGACUCGUGGGAGGCAUUAUGAAAUCUGGGCUGCAUCCCUCGCCGACCCUAAAGUACAAUUGCUACUGAACCGGAUUCAGAUUAUGGUAUCAUUCUUCAUUGAGGGUGGAGUACCUCUUGCGACAGACGACCCUGAAUGGACACUCGAGCGAUGGAUGAUAUACUUUGUAUACGAGAAAGUCGAACCUCCUACCCCGUCAGCUUCAAAAUACUCUAUUGUCGGAUAUGCGACAACCUAUCGGUGGUGGAUGUACCAAAGAGACCGUUCAGAUAAGCCUACUGUCAAGAACAAUGCAUUCCCUGCCUCAGAGAUCCGACCUGGGGAGCUCCCAUCUCGUCUGCGAAUCGCUCAGUUUUUGAUUCUCCCACCCCAUCAAGGCACAGGGCAUGGUGUCCACCUCUAUACCACAAUUCACACUGCGUGCUUCGAAGACCCUACCAUUGUCGAACUCACCGUGGAAGACCCUAAUGAAGCCUUUGACGUGCUCCGCGACACGGCUGAUUAUCAUAUCCUUCGGCCAAUAUUCCUCAAGCAUAACCUAAACAUCAACCCCGACCCCUUCAGCGAUAGCGCGAAGAAAUCCAGGCGUGUACCAACCUCCGUGCUCUUACCUACCAAGCUCCUCAAUGAUAUCCGCACAACCAACAAAAUUGCGCCGACCCAGUUUGCACAUAUCCUGGAAAUGUUCCUUCUCGGCCAGAUCAAUAUCAAACAUCGGCACAAGGGUGGCGCAAACAUGUCACGCCUCUUCAUUAAGAAGCAUAGAGCCGACGACCCGGACGACCGGCGUUACUAUUGGUGGCGCAUGCUCACGAAGCAGCGCCUUUACAAACGCGCCCGGGAUACGUUGAUCCAGCUGAAGCUGAGUGAGCGUCACCAUGCUCUCGAGGAGACUGUUUCGUGUGUGGAAGACGGCUACGAGCAACUGCUUGGUGUUUUCAACGACCGUGAAGAGCGCCUUAAAGCUCAACAAGAAGAAGCUGAUGCUUCAUCGAGUAGAGAACACCGACUCAAGCGAAAACUCACCAUAGAUGACGACGACGAGGAAGAGGAAGAGGACGAGGAAGCUACUGUUUCCAAGCGGCCAAAGGCAUAAAUAGUAUCAUGCUACCAAGAAAGGGAUGCAACCUUUACACAUGUCUCGUUUAUUCAAGCUGUUGAGAAGCUGUCCUGUAACAAUAUCAUCAAAACAUACAGAUUACAACUAGAAUGUGAGGACCUGUGAAAAUGCGGCCAAAAACGACCACU